AUGUCGGAGCGAUACAACUUUCGACGUAGUACUCGCGUUCAGCAACUACCGCCCCACCGUCCUAGGGGCUCACCACAAGAUCCAACCCCACGCAUAGAGCUCAGGAUAGAAGAUUUAGACCUUGACAAAUCCUACGUUGACAGUUGGGCGCCACCUAAAUCACGACCGAAGCCAAGAAAAAGCAGACCCUGGGCCAAAUGGACAGGAAACGACCCCUUUACCGACCCAGCUCAACUUCCUCCCGGCUGGCAUAUGAAUGAAGACGAUCUUGAAACCAACGAUAUCGACAGCCAAAUUGAAAGAUGCCACGAGAGAAUUGCUGAAAACAUAAUGCCUCAUGUUUUUGCGCAAAGGUUGGAGGAAUAUACAGCUGCAAAGAACAAAAAGGAGCAGAUGAGGUUCCCGGGAUCUGAAGAGCUCAGCUGGGAUACCAUUCAACGGGUGCAUGCAUUGGAGGCUAUGAAGACAGACCUGACGAGUACUGCGGAUGAAUGCGAGCAGCUCCCAAACAUUGAGGCUCUCUUGGAAGCUUAUAAGUCGGGCGAGCUUGACUGGAAUAACGGUCUUGUUACAUAUUGGUCGAAGGGAGUCCAGAUUUCCCAACCAAGACCGUUUGACUGGGAUGAAUUUGAAGCGAUUAAUUCCCACCACGAGGGCCACAAAGGAUUUUGGACGGAAGGGGUAAUGGACAUCCUCAACAUUUUCAAAGUGACACGCUAA